AUGUUCGGAUGUUUACAAUGCGAUUUCUUUGUCCACAGAAGUUGUAUCUUCUUACCGGAGGUUAUAAAACUCACACGUCACUCACGUUAUCUUUCUCACGUUUUUCAUAUACUUAAUGAAGCGGCCAAGUGUGGAGUUUGCCAGGGACGGUUUAGUUCUGGCUAUGGAGGAUAUGCAUGUAUUGACAUGACAUGUGAUUAUGUUGUCCAUUCAACAUGUGCGACAAAUAGCAACGUGUGGGACGGCAUAGAUCAUGUCGAAGGAGAACUUGAGGAAGGGAGUAGUUCUAAAGAUGUUAUGGUUUAUUCAAUAGAAGAGAUGGAUGCCAAGAAAGUACAUCAUUUUAGCCAUGGCCAUGGCUUAUCGAGAAUCCAUGUCGAUGAAGAUUGUUGUCAGCUAUGUGAAGCAUGUAUCCUUCCUAUUGACAUGGGUACUUUCUUGGGUUGCAAGGAAUGCAGUUUUGCCCUCCACGAAGAAUGUGCUCGCCUUGCACCGGAGAUGGAUCAUCCCUUACAUCGCCAUCGGAUAACCGUGCAGGUCCAAAUGAACACCAAGGAAAGUUUUUUCACAUGUUCUGCUUGUAAGCAAUAUUCUUGUGGUUUUCUGUAUCAGUGUUGCCAAGAAGAUUGUGGGUUCAAAAUAGAUGCAAAGUGUGCUUCCUUUGCCGACCCGUUCAAGCAUAUAACCCACAAAUGCCCUCUCUAUCUUAGACUAGAAGAUCUUGCUAACAGAAAGUCUUACUUGUGUUGUGGUUGUCAUGAAUACUCAACUACUGUGGCAACUUGUAACACAUGUGAAGACGACUCCUUUGAUUUCAAAUGCUUGAACUUACCUCCUGUGAUCAGAUAUAAGUAUGAUGUACAUCCACUUACGUUAUACUUUGAUACAGAACACUACAAGAAACAAAUGUUGGAAAAGAGACAGGAAAAUUACUCUUGGGGAAGAGAAAGGCCACCAUACUCUUGGUGUGACGCUUGUGAAGAAGAAAUACAUGAGAAUUUAUUGUUCUACAUAUGUUUUGAUUGCCGCAUCUCUUUACAUGUUAAGUGCAUCUUAGGAAACUAUCCUUAUAUGAAACCUGGCCAUAAUAUCAAAGUGAACGGUACCAAGAUUCAGAUAGCUUCAAACAGUGGUGCUUUUAGGCCAAUGUGCCAUACAUGUCACAGUCUCUGCCGAGACAAGUUGGUAUUCAAAGACCAGGAUUUAUGUUUCUGUUCUUUCAAGUGUAUUCCUUGUACCAAACGUUACUGGUGA